UACUACGCGAUGACUUCAGACAGAACCCUGCCGAUGUGAUGGUGGCAGCGGGCGAGCCUGCAGUCCUAGAGUGUAUGCCCCCUCGCGGGCAUCCUGAACCUAGCAUAUCCUGGAAGAAGGACGGUGCCAACAUCGAUGACAGAGAUGAACGAAUCACUGUGAGUGGAACUGGUUCUGUGUGUGUGUGUGUGUGUGUGGGUGUGUUUGUGUGUGAGAUUGUGCUGUUAUGUUCAUCAAAGUAUUUUAUACCAUAUUAAUGUUAGUGUAAACCUUACAUUGAUUGAUUUGUCCCAUGUUGUUUCACCAAUAGUGAUUUAUAACUCCAAAUCAGCAAACUGCGGUUAUUCUAACAUUUAAUGAAGCGAGACUCAUAAUUAGUCUUGAUUCAUUAGUCAAGCAGCACAACAUUGGUUAGGAUCCUGCUGAGUAAGAUCAGCCAGUAGAACAAACACUCACUACUAUGAUGAAAUGAAAAAGUUUAUGAAAAAGAGUUGAUCUCCGCAGUGCUGAGGGAGUGGAAACUUUCCUUCUCUAUCUGAUUUAUAUAGUGUUCAAGGCCAGCCGCCAAUUAGUCUGUUUUGAUUCAGAGUGCAGUGCAGGGAGCAGCAGUAUCAAUCACCCCCCUGCUGCUGCUGAGUAGAGCAGUGGAUAGCUGACCUUGAUGGGCCCACUGUCUCCACCAUAUACCUGUCUGCACUUUGCCUGUAGAUAGUCGUGUGUUUGAUCACUCUGACUGGCUUAGUGUGUAGGGUGGAUGGAACUUCAGUCACCUUAUAGGGAUGGCCAGCAGGCCCUGAAGGGAUCAGUAAGGAUGAUUAACCAGGCCCUGAAGGGAUCAGUAAGGAUGAUUAACCAGGCCCUGAAGGGAUCAGUAAGGGUGAUUAGCCAGGCCCUGAAGGGAUCAGUAAGGAUGAUUAACCAGGCCCUGAAGGGAUCAGUAAGGGUGAUUAGCCAGGCCCUGAAGGGAUCAGUAAGGGUGAUUAAUCAGGCCCUAAAGAGAUCAGUAAGGAUAAUUAACCAGUCCCUGAAGGGAUCAGUAAGGAUAAUUAACCAGUCCCUGAAGGGAUCAGUAAGGAUAAUUAACCAGUCCCUGAAGGGAUCAGUAAGGAUAAUUAACCAGUCCCUGAAGGGAUCAGUAAGGAUGAUUAACCAGGCCCUAAAGGAAUCAGUAAGGGUGAUUAGCCAGGCCCUGAAGGGAUCAGUAAGGGUGAUUAAUCAGGCCCUAAAGGGAUCAGUAAGGAUAAUUAACCAGUCCCUGAAGGGAUCAGUAAGGAUAAUUAACCAGUCCCUGAAGGGAUCAGUAAGGAUAAUUAACCAGUCCCUGAAGGGAUCAGUAAGGAUGAUUAACCAGGCCCUGAAGGGAUCAGUAAGGGUGAUUAGCCCUGAAGGGAUCAGUAAGGGUGAUUAAUCAGGCCCUAAAGGGAUCAGUAAGGAUAAGUAACCAGUCCCUGAAGGGAUCAGUAAGGAUGAUUAACCAGUCCCUGAAGAGAUCAGUAAGGAUAAUUAACCAGUCCCUGAAGGGAUCAGUAAUGAUAAUUAACCAGUCCCUGAAGGGAUCAGUAAGGAUGAUUAACCAGUCCCUGAAGGGAUCAGUAAGGAUAAUUAACCAGGCCCUGAAGGGAUCAGUAAGGGUGAUUAGCCAGGCCCUGAAGGGAUCAGUAAGGGUGAUUAAUCAGGCCCUAAAGAGAUCAGUAAGGAUAAUUAACCAGUCCCUGAAGGGAUCAGUAAGGAUAAUUAACCAGUCCCUAAAGGGAUCAGUAAGGAUAAUUAACCAGUCCCUGAAGGGAUCAGUAAGGAUAAUUAACCAGUCCCUGAAGGGAUCAGUAAGGAUGAUUAACCAGGCCCUGAAGGGAUCAGUAAGGGUGAUUAGCCAGGCCCUGAAGGGAUCAGUAAGGGUGAUUAAUCAGGCCCUAAAGGGAUCAGUAAGGAUAAUUAACCAGUCCCUGAAGGGAUCAGUAAGGAUAAUUAACCAGUCCCUGAAGGGAUCAGUAAGGAUAAUUAACCAGUCCCUGAAGGGAUCAGUAAGGAUGAUUAACCAGGCCCUGAAGGGAUCAGUAAGGGUGAUUAAUCAGGCCCUAAAGGGAUCAGUAAGGAUAAGUAACCAGUCCCUGAAGGGAUCAGUAAGGAUGAUUAACCAGUCCCUGAAGAGAUCAGUAAGGAUAAUUAACCAGUCCCUGAAGGGAUCAGUAAUGAUGAUUAACCAGUCCCUGAAGGGAUCAGUAAGGAUAAUUAACCAGUCCCUGAAGGGAUCAGUAAGGAUAAAUAACCAGUCCCUGAAGGGAUCAGUAAGGAUGAUUAACCAGUCCCUGAAGGGAUCAGUAAGGAUAAAUAAUCAGUCCCUGAAGGGAUCAGUAAGGAUAAAUAACUAGUCCCGGCUGAAUGGAUCAGUAAGGAUAAUUAACCAGUCCCUGAAGGGAUCAGUAAUGGAUAAUUAACCGUUCCUGAAGGGAUCAGUAAGGAUAAUUAACCAGUUCCCUGAAGGGAUCAGUAAGGAUAAUUAACCCAUUAGUCCCCUUGAAGGGAUCAGUAAGGAGUGAUUAACCAGGUCCCAUGAAUGGGAUAGUAAGGAUAAUUGAAGCCAGUUCCCUGAACUGGAUCAGUAAGGAUGAUUAACCCAGUCCCUGAAGGGAUAGUAGAUAAGUAACCAGUCCACUGAAGGGUAUCAGUUAAGGAUGAUUAAACCAGGUCCCUGAAGAGAUCAGUAAGGAUAAUUAACCAGGUCCCUGAAGUGGAUCAGUAAGGAUGAUCAACCAGUUCCCUGAAAAGGGAUUCAAGUAAGGAUGAUAAACCAGUCCCAUGACGGGAUCAGUAAGGAUAAUUAACCAGUCCCCCUGAUGAGAUCAGUAAGGAUAAUUAACCAGUCCCUGAAGGGAUCAGUAAGGAUGAUUAACCAGUCCCUGAAGAGAUCAGUAAGGAUAAUUAACCAGUCCCUGAAGGGAUCAGUAAGGAUGAUUAACCAGUCCCUGAAGGGAUCAGUAAGGAUGAUUAACCAGUCCCUGAAGAGAUCAGUAAGGAUAAUUAACCAGUCCCUGAAGAGAUCAGUAAGGAUAAUUAACCAGUCCCUGAAGGGAUCAGUAAGGAUAAUUAACCAGUCCCUGAAGGGAUCAGUAAGGAUAAUUAACCAGUCCCUGAAGGGAUCAGUAAGCCAACGCUACAGUAUGGUCUGAUUAGGACAAUUAACAGCAAACUGCAAUUCUGUUUACAUAAAGACAACUAGCAGUAAUUAGAAAGAUGUUCCUCCUCUGUGCGUUGUCAUGACACUGUGCUCCUCUCUGGGCUGUUGUUGUUACAUACAGCUGAAACAGCUUAAUCCUCAGCCCAGAACACCCGGCCAUCAAUGUGUUCAGCACUAUUGACAUGACUGAACACUGUCUGAGGGUGUUGGCUUAAUCACAGUUCUAACUCAUAAACAGUGUGAGAGCCCGUCCCCCGCCUUCAGCCGCCUGCUAGCUGCACCGGGGGAAGAUGAAAAAUGAAGUGCCUGGCAGUUUCACAGAAAUUGAAUCAAUUCAUAUAUGUCUCUGAAUUCAGUCAGCAGUUACUGAUAAGCACACAGCCUCUGCAUCAACCUCGGAGCUAGAUUAUUGACUGUGGUUGCACGUGCACAACAUUACAUGUUUAUGUGUGCAUGUGUGUGUGUGUGUUUUGUGUGUCUGUGUAACUUUGUUGGGACCUGUCAUUUCUCCCCGUGUGAGAACAAAGCCUGCUCUCUCCUGUCAUCAGGGUUGCUUCACUCACAGACACCUGGCCCAUAAUGCCACUCCCCUGACCCAGUCCCAGAACACAGUCACUCUCAGGCUCAGUCAGGCUGACACACACACACACACACGCACACACACACACACACACGCACACACACACACACACACACACACACACACACACACACACACACACACACACACACACAUAAAAACACACACCCAGUGAUCAUAGGUGUGUAUAACUGCCCAGUGAUCAUAGGUGUGUAUAACUGCCCAGUAUCAUUGGUGUGUUUAACUACACCUGGCCUUUCCCAUAAUGAAGUUGCACUCUGUUUAAACAGAACACACAUUUUGCUAGCCCUGCUGUUUAUAAGCUGUUUCCACAAUAACGUCCUCUCUGUGUUGUGUUUGUCAUUGUGUUCAGUGAUGUGUGAAAUCGGAUUGUAAACCAGUAUUUGACUGGUGCUGUCCAUAGCCUGAAUUCUGCAGAGCUGGGCCUUGGGAGGGAAUGAUAACACACAACAACCGUCUGGGUAGGGAGAGAUUUAACAGUGCUUUGUGGGAUGUGUCCCUUCCUCUAAAGUGCCUGGGUAGGACGAGGACUCACAGAAUGACUGGUCCCACAUGGACACUUAAAAUGGCUGUACACAUAAACCAGGACCAUGCAUGUGUAAUAGAAUGUGCUGACAGAUGGGACGAUGGAUGGCCUGAUAGGUGAAUGCCAAUCGAAAGCAGAGCGGUGUCCGGUGCUGUAUGCCCAUCAGAGUGUGUGUGUCAGUGGCAUGAUGUUAGAGCUGAGGCUGGGCCAGAGUGAAGAUGGGUUGGGACAGGGAAGAGAUGAGAGGUGACGGGAGGACAUUCAAGGCUUUAUAAUGUGGAUAACAGCUGAGGAGGCUCCUCCUCCACCACCCUACGUGGUUUUGACCUUGUUUCCCCUCCACUGGAUGUGUUGGAACGUCUCCCUGGCGAUGGUAGUCCCCUUACCCACCUGCGGUUGGUAUUUGCUGUGUGGUGCUAUGCUUUGCCAGGUUGUGCUGGGAAGGGAUGGGAUGGAUUGGGAUGGAUUGGGCUGGGAUGGGCUGGGCUGGGAUGGGCUGGGCUGGGCUGGGCUGGGCUGGGCUGGGCUGGGCUGGGCUGGGCUGGGAUGGGCUGUGAUGGGCUGGGAUGGGAUGAGAUGGGCUGGGAUGGGAUGGGCCUUAAAAUGGAACAGAACAAAAAGGCAUCCAGCUCAACAGUUUGAGGCUAAACUAAACCGAUGUUGGUGUAUGGAGGGAACCAGCCAGCUGGGACGGAAGGCAGACAUGUCGUGCAUUGUGUUCCCCUUCCUUUGUUUAGUAGUUGAGGGUGAUUAUCGGCCUGGAAAAUGAAAUGCAGCAUGAAUGCAGCCACAACGCGUGCUGAAUCAGGGUUUCACACUAUCAGCAUUACCAAAUGACGGGAGACAAAAAACAGUGUUGGGAUAGGGCCAUCUCCCUGUGAUGCAGGAUAAUGGUCAGAUUGUUGCUGCCUUCAGCAGCCCCCUGGAGGGGAUAUACACAGAGACAAAGAGAGGUGCAGAGAGAAAGGAAGGCCUCUCCAUUCACACUGGGCCACUCCAGAGGCCCCCGCUGGCCAGGCACAACAAAUAUGCCUGAGCAGAAUGGGACAGUGCCACCUCCACGCAGAGGUGGGAAAACUGAUGGAGUGCUUUGGCCCUGAAAGUGGAUCCUCAUAUCAACGCCCUAUGGGACCUCCAGUCCACCUCCCUCUACCUGCCCUGCGUUUGUCUGACCUGACCUGACCUUGGGCCUUUGUGAUUGUCCCAGUGCUUUAGCUUUUAAGCCCUCCCUCAAACAAACAGUAACAUAAUGAGACUUCAAACCCCCUGGUCCUCUAUGGUGACGGUGUGCCCCUUCUAUUCCCUUCCUCUCCUUUCCCAUGUUUUUACGAUGUAUAUUAAACCGCGACGAGGGUGAGAUGGGGCCCCGGAAUUCCUCAGAACCCCUGAGUAAUCAGUGGAGUGUAUUCAUGGAUGCCAAGGAAAGCCAGGCUUCCCCCCAAAAAUUUUUUACCAAUAAAUGUUUUUAAAUAAAAUACAAUAAUUUAUCUUUAGUCUCUCUGUGUUUCAUCAUUUUCCUUCAAUUCGCAAGAGGCUGGUAUGUAUCUCACAGGAGAAAGCAUCCGAGCGAGCGAAACAGCGCCCCUCUGUCUCUCUAUGUGUAGCUCAUCUAUCUGAUGCUGUCUGGUCCAAACGGGCAUGACAUUGUUGCCGCCCGUAGCAUUGAAGGCAAGGGAAGCCAGCGAGCAUCUGGCCUCCCUUGGCGAAAAAAGUAUAAAAAUUAGCCAAUUAGCGUUGAGCUAAACUGAGCGAGCUCAACUGUGAAUGGUCCUGGCGCACCAAAAAAAAAAAGUGUCAAGGGAAGCCAGUUUGUUGACUUCACUGGACAGAGGGCGCUAUCCAGUUUUGUGAUAAAACAAAGGUGUGGUUGAAUUUACGCUGUCACUGUGUCUUCUUAUUGUCUUGGCCUUUAGGCCUAUAUAUCACGGUCGCAAGGCAUACGAACUAACAGGUUAUAGAGGGUGCUUGGCUUCCCCAGUGAUUUUACCCACGCACCGCUACUGUGAGGAAUGUGUCCGGUCGUGAAGUAGGGUGGAGGUGAGGGGUCCCUGGAGGACCCUUGUCCUUCCGCUGGCAGGCCGGCUGGCUGCUUAUUUAAGUGGAGGAGAGAGAGUGGAGGGUUUUUUUUGUUUGUGGGGGGAUUUAUUAGUUGUGGCGUUUAGAAGGCCUCUCCCUGUCUACUCCAUCCAGACGGGCUAUUAAGCUAUACGCCACAGAUGGGAUGGGUUGUUCCACUGAGAACCUUCUGACAUUCUAUUUCUAUAUUCCCCUGUUCUUAGAACCUGUCAUUCCCCUACCUAGCAGACGUCAUGUGGAUUGUUUUGCUCAUGAACAAGGUGUCACUCUUCAUUGGGCUGCUGUGAUAAUUAAAGUGAGGCUCCAUUCCCAUGGAGUGUUGACCACAGUUAAUUAGAUUUAGUGAUACGUUACAUAGUGUGUCAUAAAGUGAAUACAUGUGUAGGAGUGUAUUUGAAUGAAGGAAGCCAGUGAAAGGCAGCAGGUUUGGGGCUCUUUCGCAAUGCUGUGUGGGGCUACCCCCUUCAACUCCCCCCUACCUACACACACCCCCAACGUACACACACACACACACAAACACACACACCCCUACACACACACCCAACAUACAUAGCACACACACACAAACCCCUACACACACAUCCAAUGUACGUAGCACACCCCUACACACACGCACACACACACACACACACACACACACACACACACACACACACACACACACACCUCAGUGGGUCUUUAAUAAAGGGAUCUGUUACAGGCCUGGGGGUGGGGGUCUGUCUUCUUGUCGGCUGAGGUGUGUAACCCUUAAACCCUUAAGCAGCCUUGGAGCAGGCAGAUCAGUGGUGCCCCUGGUAUUGUGUGCUGCUACUCUGACAGCAUGGCUGUCAGCUGACAAGGACCUGAGAGGGGCCGGGCUGCCUCACCCAGUGUCUGAGAACAAAGCACCUCCCCUGGCCUGUAAUCAAAGCCCUGGGAUAUAACAGCCAUCACACCCACCUUGUCCUGGACACAAAACACACCUUUUGGAGUGUGUGUGUGUGUCUGUGUGUGUGUGUGUGUGUGUGUGUGUGUGUGUGUGUGUGUGUGUGUGUGUGUGUGUGUGUGUGUGUGUGUGUGUGUGUGUGUGUGUGUGUGUGUGUGUGUGUGUGUGUGUGUGUGUGUGUGUGUGUGUGUGUGUGUGUGUGUGUGUAUGCAUGUGUUAGUAUCUGUCUCUGUGUGUGUGUGCAUGAGAAAACUCAAGUAAAAGCUCAAUUUACUUCUUGUCUGGAUUCCUCUCCUCAGUACGGUAGGGGAGUUUGCUGUGCUGGAAGUAAGUUGUGGCUGGAGUAAUGCUUCCACUCUUCCCUGCCUCAGGUGUUCCCUGGAGGGAACUGUGGCUUUCUAGGUUUGGGGAAGUGAUGUUUGGCCAGGCGGGCCCUGAGCAGGAACAGACUGUCUUAGAAAUCCAUACAAACCACAGGUGGAAUGAGAAUAGCAUAGAAUGGUUGGAUAGGUAGUAUAGUACUGUCACUGGGACCGCAGGACAUACAUGGUUCACUAACAUUCAUUUGUGAGUUUAUACUCCAAUCAAAACAUGACAGAUGGAGUUUUAUUGAACUCUGAAUGCCUUUGGUCAUGGUUGUGUAAAGACUCAUAACUCCAUGGGGUGAGGAAAUACAACGCUUUUAUACUGAGAGAAUGUUUUGCAAUGUUAGGCGUGCAGUUUUGUGUUCCCUCUAUGACACCCCAGGGCCAUCUGUCUCUGGUUGAUUACAGUGCGUCUCCUCUGUCCUCUCAAGGGCUAACCUCUCAUCUCUCUCGUUCCUCUCAUUCCUCAGAUCCGGGGAGGAAAGCUGAUGAUAACCAAUGCCAGAAAAAGCGACGCUGGGAAGUAUGUGUGUGUCGGAACCAACAUGGUGGGAGAGAGGGAGAGCGAGAUCGCUGAGCUCACUGUGCUCGGUAAGUAACCGUCCUUCCUCACACACACUCACCCUCUCUCUCCCUGUCUCACUGUUUGUUUGUGUACAGCGGUGAAGAAGGUCCAGAUGUUUCGGUUUGUGUGUGUCUCCAAGGAGACUAAACAGUGUCAUUGACCCCUUCAAGAGGGGUGUGACAUGGCCUUCGCUCUAACAGUUAACCAUGAACUCCCCCAGGCACCCCACACCCCUCUACUGACCCCCCUUUCCCCCUUCCCCUACUGACCCACCUCAGCACCUCUCCUCUGGCCAGCUGAUCCCCAUUCCACCAUGACUGACCUUUGACCCCACAGCUCUCCGUUGCCUCAGUUUAUAGUCUCAGUAUAGACCUCUGUAUUGACCUCAGUCGGCUGAACUUCUGACUGUCCUCUCCACUUCCUCUACUUCCUGUCCCCCUAGGCCUCUUACCAUCCUCUCCAACAGGGCCCACGCCAACAUGCACAUAUUCUUCUUUCCAUCAUUAUAUAUGGAAAUCAUACUGAGAUGGUUUCAAAGGGCACAGUCCAUACCUAUAGCUUUGCCUGUUUGAGUAAACAUCACACCAGAAAAACUCACGACAGCCCCAGGCACUUACUGAGCACUUUUUCAAGCCAAUACUGAAGGGGGUGUGAGGAGGGAGGGGAUGUGAGGAGGGAGGGGAUGUGAGAGCAGAGAGGAGGGAGUGAGGGUAGAGAGCAGAGAGAGGAGGAGAGGGAGAAGAGAGAUGAGGAGAGGGAGGGGCCCGUCUUUUAGCGGUCCCGUUAUAGUUCUCUGCUCGCUCUGGCUCUCGGUGCAGCUCGCUCCGCUCUGCUCUUCUGAGUCUCUCGUCUCGGCUCGUGGCGUGGUGUGCCGGCUCCCGCUGCUUUGUACUUUCCUCUGGGCUGCGAGGCGCCUUCUACUCUCUUUCUUUCGUUGUCGCGUCUCUCGCCUCUUCUUCCUUUCUCCUUAUCUUUUCUUUCUGUCCUCUUCUCUCUCUCUUCUCUCUUCUCUCUUUUCUCUCUGCUCCUCUCUUCGUCCUGCUUCUCGCUCCUUUUACUUUCCUUCUCUCUCUGGUCUGCUCGUUCUCUCGCCCUCGCUCGAGUCUCCUCAGAGAGUCCUCUGGCGUCGGUUCUUGGCGCUCAGUCGAGUGUUGCUUUAAUUCCGCCUGCUCUGCUAUCCUCUACUCUCUAUUUUUCUCGUUUCUCAGGUUGCUUGUAGGCUUGCUCUUUGUCAGAGGAGUAGUAGCUCAGUUGGUAGAGAGGAUAAUAAGAUGCAUGUAGCGCAUGGCGUCUUGCGGGUUUGGGUUCGAUUCCCACGGGGGGCCAGUUAUGAAAAAUGUAUGCACUCACUACUAACUGUAAAGUCGUUUGGAUAAGAGUGUCUGCUAAAUGACUAAAAUCUAAAAUGUAAGAGAGAGGAGGAGGAAGACAUAGAGGAGUAGAGGAGGGAUGAGAGGGAGGAGAGUGUUGAGGUGGGAGAGAGUGGACGCAGGUGAACGUGGGGAGGCGUGAGGGGGAGAGGUUUAAACUAUUGAUCUGCAAUUGUUGUAGCCUGUGGGACAUAUUAAAACAAAACUUGAAGAGAGGUGAAUUAAGGAUUAAAAACUUGCUAGUGUUCUCUAUGGAGAAGGUGUGUGUAUAGUGUAUUAGUAAGCUGCAGAGGGGAUAUGGGCUGGAGAGGGAGAUGUAGCUGACCUGGACCUGAGGGGCCAGGGGUGGUUAGAUGGCUAUCUGUUUUGAUUUCACAAGCUUUUUUCAACAUUCAUUUUUAUUUCAAUCCCUGCUGGAAGGUUAGAGGGAUGGAGUGUAACAGCAGACUUUUACAGGACCUCUCAGAUCAUCAGGACAAAGAGCAACGAGGGUAGCUGUGAUUACUAAAACACUCUGUUAAUGUUAGCACUGAGACUGCUGCUACAGACUGAUCGGCAGGAUGGUUCAAUCCCAAUACAGUGCUAAAGAUACAGUAUAGUCACAUACUAUGCUAUGAUAUAUAUGCUAUGCUAUACUUAAGCAAUAAUGCACGAGGGGGUGUGGAAUAUGGCCAAUAUACCACGGCUAAGGGCUGUUCUUAAGCACGACGCAACGCGGAGUACCUGGAUACAGCCCUUAGCCGUGGUAUAUUGGUCAUAUACCUCAAACCCCUGAGGUGCCUUAUUGCUAUUAUAAACUGGUUACCAACGUAAUUAGAGCAGUAAAAAUAAAUGUUUUGUCAUACAUGUGGUAUACGGUCUGAUAUACUAUGGCUUUCAGCCAAUCAGCAUUCAGGGCUCGAACCACCCAGUUUAUAAUAUACUAUACUAUCCUGUAUAACUGCAGAUACAGUGUACUGACAUACUGUAGACCUAGUAGUGAAUAGUCCUGUGCUAUGUCAUCUCUCUCUGCAGAGCGACCCAGCUUUGUGAAGCGUCCCGGCAGCCAGGUGGUGCUGGUGGACCAGAGUGUGGAGUUCAGGUGUGAGGCCCGGGGUGACCCAGUUCCCACCGUCCGCUGGAGGAAAGAGGACGGAGACCUGCCCAAGGGAAGGUACUGUACUGUAUGACUCAUCUUCUGGCCCCCUUUAUUACAGCACAAUCCCUUUCUCUCCCUCUAUUGGAUCCCUCGCUUCCCCCUUUGUCUGUCUGAUGAUCAGCAUGUGUGUAUUUACAGUAAGGUGUGUGUGUGUGUAUGCGUGCGUGUCUGAUUCCCUGUGUGUAUUCCAGAUAUGAGAUCCGAGAGGACCACACCCUGAAGAUCCGUCGUUUGACCUCUGCAGACGUGGGUUCUUACACCUGCGUGGCAGAGAACAUGGUGGGCAAGGCGGAGGCAUCAGCCACCCUCACCGUCCAC